GGCCUCCCAUUCUGGUCAAUUUUCCUCUCGCUUUCUCUUGGUUUGGCUCGUCCAUGGGUGGCCGGAGGCCGGCGGCGGCGGCGACGACGGAGGCGGAGGUUGGGAGGGUGGAGCGGGGGAGGAAGAGGGGUGGCGAGGUCAGGACGAAGCAGGCUGGACGAGGAUCCUGCCGCGGGAGCUAGACUAGGACAGAUCGCCGGACUCCGGCGGCUCCGACGUUUGCUCUUCUUCUCUCCUUCCUUUCUCUCCCUAGCGCUAUCUUUGCUCGCUUCGAUUUCGGUGCCAACUCAGGGUUUUGCCGAGUGUUUUUGUUCACUGGUUCUUCGCGGAACGAUGGGGCUGAUGCUUAGAGAAGCGCUGAAGCGCCUCUGCAUCGAGAUCGGGUGGUCUUACGCAGUCUUCUGGAGGGCGAUCGGCGCCCGGAACCCGACGGUUUGGCCGAGAUUAAAUGUCAAUUCUUGGCAGACAUUCAGACAAUUGCAAUUAUUCCUGUGUUUCCACUUGGCGUCGUACAACUUGGUUCUACCCAAAUGGUCAUAGAAAAUGUUGGGUUUAUAAACCACGUGAAGAGUUUGUUUGCCCAGCUAAACCAUGUGCCUAGAGCUCUUUUUUCUGAUAUCACUCAAAAAACUUCAAGCCUAGGGAGUCAAGUACGUUCUUCACUUGGCAUGAAAAUCUCUGAUAGCCAAUCUACAGAUGUCUGCACUAAGCCAAGCAAGAAUCUUCCACCCAUGGCUUCAAAAGUGACGUCAACUAAACAGACCAUCACGAACAAAACAAUGUUGCUCACUGGCCAGUUUCAACCAAAUAUAUAUCCAGGAGUUAAAUCUGUUCUUCAUCCCAAUAGCCAACUGGAAGGUAUAGCUACAGGAGCUCAGAUUAUAUUCUCCAAGCCAGAUGGGAGUUUUGUCGGGCAGCUGCCAAGUGUUUCAGCUGUGGAAGGCCAUAAUCAUCCUUUAGGCAUGGCCCCAGGUGCAUCUUGUAGUGGCUUAACAUUUCUUGAAGAGCAGCUGCUGUUAACGUCAACUAUGCAGUCUGCUAACAAUACAGAAUCUGCAUUAGAGAGUAAUAAAAUAAAUCAGUUAAAAUCCCACAAAUGCAAUCUACCUAAUUCUUUAGAAGAUCCUGAUAUUGCUUACUUCUUUGGAACCAAUGGGUCAUUGAAAAAUGCAAAUGAUCUUGGAAACUUUGGUUCACUUCCAGAUAGCACAAACAAAAGCAUCAGAGUUUCACAUGCCAAUUCAUCUGUUUCUGGGGUGGCUCAGGUGUUGAACCAAAGAAAUCAGUCAAAUAACAGUCUUGGGAUUUCAGGAAAUUCCCAGCAGAACCAGCUGUCUGCCAUAAAAGAUUCUCAAACUGUAUCAACAAUGGAAAAGCAGGAGGUGGAAAACAAUUUAUUUCAAGCCUCUCAUGUGCCACCCUCUGCAUCUGAUGCUCAUGGUUUGUGCCAUAAUUUGCUUGUUGGGUCUCUUCCAGCACACAGGUUGAGCAAUUCAAAUCAUCAGCAGGAAGAUCAAAAAUCUUGUAAUAUUGCUUGUGAAGCAAAUGUUACUUGUGCUGUACAUGGGCAGAAUUUGAAAAAAUUUGAGGCAUCUGAGCUUCUGCAUGCAUCGAAUGAGAAAACUUCUUGCUUACCUAUGGAGCCUACAUUGGGAAGUGAUCUGUUUGAUAUGUUGGGUCUUGAUCAUAAAACAGAUUAUGCAUGUGGCAGUUUUGAUGAUGUUUUAUUACAGAGGGAUAAUCUAGAUGCUUGCACAUUGGGUGCUGGUAUUUCUAGUCUCUCGACUCGGUUGGAUGUUUGCCCUACCUUUGAUUCAUUGAAUGAUGAGAUUUCCUGUAGUGGAUUUUUUUCUGUAGCUGACUCAGACCAACUAUUGGAUGCUGUAGUCUCAAAGAUCAACUCUGGUGCCAAACAGAGAUCAGACGACAGCAUGUCUUGUAAAACUUCAAUAACAAAUAUCCAUAGUUCUCAUCAUGGUAAUUCUCCGAAACAUGGCCAUGUUGAUUUGCCAGAGCAGGCACAAGGCGAGAUUUUUGGUCUUUCCCCUAUGCUUGUGAAACCAGAGAGAGCUGGUUCAAGUUACAUGAAGCCUUCAUGUAAUAUAGGCAAAAGUGAAGAGCUCUCCCAGAGAGUUGGGUUUCAUAAAUCUCAAAUCCAUCUUUGGGUUGAAAGUGGCCAGAACAUGAAGUCUGAGAGUAUGUCUGCUUCAAAUGGUAAAAGAGUUGAUGAAAUAGGUAAACUGAAUCGAAAGAGACCCAGACCUGGAGAGAGCCCUAGACCAAGGCCGAAAGACCGCCAGAUGAUUCAAGACCGUAUUAAGGAACUUCGAGAAAUUGUACCUAAUGGGGCUAAGUGUAGUAUUGAUGCUUUAUUGGAGAAGACCAUUAAGCACAUGCUUUUCUUGCAAAGUGUGACAAAGCACGUGGAUAAGCUCAAGGAAACUGGGGAGCCUAAGAUCAUCAGUAAGGAGGGUGGUCUGCUGUUGAAAGAUAACUUCGAUGGCGGGGCAACAUGGGCAUUUGAAGUUGGUACGCAGUCCAUGAUCUGUCCAAUUGUAGUUGAGGAUCUCAAGCCACCUCGUCAACUGCUGGUGGAGAUGCUUUGUGAGGAGCAUGGUUUCUUUCUGGAGAUUGCUGACUUCAUUAGAGGACUAGGAUUGACCAUCUUAAAGGGGGUGAUGGAAGCUCGUAAGAAUAAAGUGUGGGCUCGAUUUGCAGUUGAGGCAAACAGGGACGUGACGAGGAUAGAAAUAUUCCUAUCACUUGUGCGUUUGUUGGGGCCAACCGCUGGAAGCAGCAUAGCCCCACAAAAUGUUGACAAUGUCAUGCAACAUGGCAUGCUGCACCAACCUACUAUUCCUGCAAGUGGGUUGUCCGAUCGCCUUCAAUAAGCAAUGCAAACCUUUACAGCCAAUGCUAAGAGUGGGGUUGGCUUCUCCUGCCAUGACUAGCAUUGCAAUGUCCAUAAGCAUCGGAUUAGAUGUUUUACCAUGGGGCUAGCUGCUCCAAGUGCCUGGAAACUUCUUCAAAUCUUACAAGCUCUACAUUUGGUAAUGCUAAUUGUUGAUCUUGCUCAGGUUUUCUAUGUAAGCGAAUGUCUAUCAUUUGGGUUAAGGUGGUAGGUUCUGUUGUAAUUUCUUGUGAGAAGAGGCUCCUCCAGGUGACCAGGCUAAAGAUGUAAAAAAUUGUAGGCAUGAGAAUUAGCGUGUUGUGUGCUAGUGCUUUUAACAUCAGUUCUCUGUUUUCUUCAGUGAAAAAAAGCUUUCAACAUCGGUUUGGUUCCUUCAA